GUUCAACAUCACAACAACAUUGAUACAGCAAUUUACUUUGCAUUGAUCGAUUAUCGAGUAUGGCGUUUGACGGUCCCCGAUCUAUCCCGCUGCUCGAACGCAUCGACAAAAGCAAGCAUGUAUUCCUUGAACCCAGCAAGAAAAUCCACGAGGGUGGCGACGUCCAAGCGUUCUUAACCUCCAAGGCGUAUCGUGACAUCAUGACGUUUCUGCUGCAGCUCAACAGAGCCAUGUUUCCGCGCCGAAAGGACAACGAUAGCACCCUGACAUGGCCACUGCAAUCGCUCGAUGUGGAGUUCUCCGAACCCGUUCGUCGAUUGCAGCUUCUACUCUCGAAACUUGUGGGUUUCAUCGACGAGGUGCCACCGGACUCAGGGCCGAGGCGGUUUGGAAAUAUAAGUUUCCGAAGGUGGUACCAGAUCGUGACCGAUCGGGCGCCAGAGCUAUUAGAUGAAGCUAUUUCGUCUGAAGUGCUGUACACGGGCGAUUCGGCAUCAGAUACACCGACGGCGAGAACGGAGCUGACGGCCUAUUUUCUGGGCAGCUUCGGGAGUUCGCAGAGGUUAGACUAUGGCACCGGGCACGAACUCAGCUUUCUUGCCUUUCUGGGCUGUAUUUGGAAACUUAAUGGCUUCCCACAAGCCGAUGCAGGGGUGGAAGAACGAGGCAUUGUCCUGGGAGUUAUAGAACCAUACUUGGAGCUUGUCCGAAGACUAAUAACAACAUACACAUUAGAGCCUGCGGGCUCACAUGGUGUGUGGGGUCUUGAUGAUCAUUCUUUUAUUCCUUAUAUAUUAGGCUCCGCGCAAUACUCUCCCGCCAUUGCAGAGUCGGACGAUACGCCGGUAGAAGGCUCAUUGCCAGAUGCCCCAUCUCCAAAUAGCGUGGUCAAAGCUCUAGUUGUGGAGAGAGAAAGAAAAACAAAUAUAUACUUUUCUGCCAUAGGCUUUAUUUAUGAUGUUAAGAAGGGACCGUUCUGGGAACACAGCCCUUUGCUGUUUGAUAUAUCCGGUAUCAAAGCUGGCUGGGGAAAGAUUAACAAGGGUAUGAUCAAAAUGUAUAACGCAGAGGUUCUCUCAAAAUUCCCUGUAGUGCAGCACUUUCCAAUGGGGUCUUUAUUCAGCUGGGACCAAGAUCCUAAUGCUGUCGCUCCUGCACCCACUGCUCAUUCUAUAUCCCAGCCACAGCAACCAAAUACAUCAGUCACACCUUCUCCCGAGGCUCGCUCAGUAGGGACGAGAGCACCGUGGGCAAAUACACCCCAACCAAAUACGGCUCUCCCUGGACCGACAGCGGCCCCGUGGGCAACAGCACGGAAUCCUAAUCCGAACCCUGCUUCAGCUACCCAGCUGCCUGUUAGGACUUCGUUACCUGAUACCUCAAGAAAUCCUCCAGGUCCGAUGACGCCUACACGGGCUCCUUGGGCCCAACCUCAAAGUAAUGAUUCGUCAGCCGCAACUCAGCCAACACGAGCACCGUGGGCGAACCCCCCGUGAUAUAUUUAGGAAUUCGAGUAACAUUGAAAGUAUGGUGGUAAUGAGGAUUAUGAUUUUAUGAUAGAUAUAAAUAAUCAAUACAAAUG